AUGAGUAAUAAUCAAUCGCAAAUGUAUUUUCCACAAUCAAAUCAAGAUCCAGCAUUAUAUGGAGCAAAUGCAACAAUUGAUCAACGUCGGCAAGCAAUGUUAGGUGCAGAAGGAAUGGGGAAUUCGGCAAAUAUGAACGUAUUUAGUGGUAGUGCAUUGCUUAAUGCACCAGUUCCUCGAGGUUAUUCAAUGACUUCAACGUCAACAACAACAUCAGCAGCAAGUCAAUCUUCAUCUCAACAAUAUCCAACGUCUGCAACUAUGAGGCAGCAGCUUUUUCAUCCAACAGUAGCAGCACAACAUUUCAAUGCACAAAUCGAUUCUCAUUCAAUUCCACAACAACAACAGCAAAUACCAACAAGUUAUCAACAAAUCACUCAACAACAGCAACAGCAACAACAGCAAAUACCAACAGGUUAUCAGCAAAUCACUCAACAACAACAACAAAUACCAACAAGUUAUCAACAAAUUGCUCAGCAGCACCAGCAACAAAUACCAACAAAUUAUCAACAAAUCACUCAACAACAGCAGCAGCAAAUACCAACAAGUUAUCAGCAAAUUACUCAACAGCAACAACAACAGUUCCAGCAAAAUAUGCAAACACAAAUUCAACAGCAACAACAACAACAACAACAACAACUUCAACAGCAACAACAACAACAACUUCAACAACAACAACAACUUCAACAACAACAACAACUUCAACAACAACAACUUCAACAGCAACAACAACAACAGCAAAAAUCGGCAAUUGCAGUUCAAUUAACAAAUCAGCAACAAAGAGCAACUGAUAAAGUGGAAGAAAGCAAAAAGUCUGAAGUAAAGACGGAGCGAUCACUAAAUCCACCUCCUUAUUCACCAGAAAUAUUGAAUAAUCUGCAGAAUUAUUCAAUCGAAUCAUUAGCGAUAAUCGGCAGAGAAUUAGUACAAGAAUUUAUGCAAAGGCAAUAUUUUGUUUUAUCAUUAUGCUAA